AUGCAUGGCCAACAACCAAUGUCAUUUAAUUAUCCAAAUCCUUCAAGAAUAAUGUCAGGAACAAGUUUUCAACAUCCCGAACAGAAGCAAACGGUGUUUAGUCAUGGACAAUCGAAUCAAGCAAUGAGCGUGCCUUCACAAUAUCAUGAUCACGCCGUAUUUCACAGUAAUUCACUUAAAAACAAUCGUAUUGCGCCUCAGCCAUCAAAUUUGAAUUCGCAUGCUCCACGAAAUAAUUCUUUUCGAACUGUAUCAGAGAUGCAAUCAACACGAACAGUUGCUCCAUCAUCACAAAUGGACAUGAAUCAUUCACGCCUGGAUACAAACUAUCGCUAUCAUCCAAACCAAUCAUAUGCGCCACAAAAUCUUCAUACCAAUGCGCACACGGACGAUGACUUUCAGCAAAAUGAUAAACAGGAUUCAUGUUGGUCGAAACCCUUAUGUUACGGCUUAACACGUUUAACAGGCGGAAUUCUAUUUGGAACGAUGAUAGUGCUUGGCUCUGCAGCCAUUAGUGGGUUUCUAGCUUCCCUCAUUUUGUAUAUCACGGAUCCGACUACAAACCCACAAUGGAAAGUAUUAGGCAUAACUGUUAGUGUUGUAAUGUUAGUAACGGUAAUUGCAACACUCUGCUUAUUCAUUUAUUGCUAUAAGAAAGGUCGCGUUGACGCUAAUGGCGAUAAAAAUAAUUCAUUCAUGCCGGAAUAUAUUCAAGAUCAUGAAUUCGGAAAAAUCAAUAAUUAUGUUAGAUCGAAUUACACGUCACCAGUACCAUAUGAAACGAUACACAAUAGUUCAUCACUGUCAGCAAACAGUGAUGUUAUUCACGUUACAGAUAAACAAACGAAUACUGAAACAACCAUGUCUCCGCUACGCAUCAGAGAUAUUCAAUGUGGUGUGUGGCCAGCACAGAAUGCAUACGGAGGGGUAUCUAAUCGUCCAUUGAAGAGACGAAGAAUGACGGAUCAAUUUGUACAAACAGCGCUCGAUAAAAUGGAUCAAUUAUUUUCACUACGAAAUCAUAAUUCAAUUAAUAUUGCGCCAAGAAACAACAUUGGACCAUCAAAACAUUAUGAUGAUCAGCAUCAUCGUCGACACAAUAAAGAGCAAUAUCCAAACAGUUUUACUGAACCAAAAAUACGCCAUGAACCUGACGAAAACACUAUGGAAAAAUCAAAAGGAUGGGGAGUAAAACAAGAUGCUGAAUUUUCUGAACUACCUACACACGCUGAUAAUCAUGCUGCUCGUGGGAAGAAGACAAAAAGAUUUAACCACGUUACUAUUAAACGUAUAGCAGCAGCUGACAAACCUGAUUUUGCCUAA